UGUCAUGGCUGACGAGCAGAGAAGGAGUGUUCCUCUUCCAGAAGGUUCUUCGUUUUAUGUGGACUUAUCGAGUGAUUUGAUUUAAGCUGUCAUGGCGGCGGUGUUCCUAGUCACCCUGUUUGAGUACUCCCCGCUCUUUUACAUCUCUGUGGUGUCUUUAUGUUUCCUGGUAACCGCCGCCAUGGUGCUCGGCUGAGUCCCAGAGUGAAGGUCAGCAGGUCACAACACUCACAGGAACACAGGAAGCAGCAGGUGUACAGGUUUGGUGUCGACGUCCCAGUGAUCCUCCGCAGCUCUGAUGAGUCUGAGUCCGUCCUGCCCACGCCCGAGAAGCACAUGGUCCAGGUGACUAACCCCUUCGGCCUGGAGGUGGGCCAUGGGCCGGCCUCCGUCUCAGGUGGGGUGUACCUGAGGCCGUGUUGUCUGGAGCCCUGUGUGCUCACCUGUUUCUGGGGCUGUGAGAUCAGAGCCCUGCAGGGGGUGCUGCAUGCACACCAGCACAGCAAGAGGAUCAGCACCCCCCAACACAUCCAGGAGGCCCUGCAGCUCCGCUACCUGCACUGUGAGAGCUUCACGAUCAGCUGUGAGGAAGGGGAGGAGCUUCACACACAAAUACCUGCUGACAGAGGGGUCAUUGACCUCGGCCCCAUGCCCCGAGAAUGCUACCCUCUGGUGGCUGUGCUAACGCUAACGGAGCAGGAUGCCAGAGAGACGCACAACAUAGUGGUGAGUGUGAGCGUUCUCCAUGUUCCUGAUGAUCGAUACAGCCUCUCUGCCCGGGUUCUGUUUCAGUACCUGCUCACCUCACAGGGGAACAUGUACGAGUUAAAGCCUCUCUUCAUGUCCGCUGACAGUGGGGGGGCGUCCAGCAUCUCAGAGCAGUCUUCAACACAGAGUGAACCCAGAGAGGCCAGCAGACCGGAGCAGAGUCCAGUCCUGGAGGAGGAGCAGGAGCAGCAGCUGGAGGACGAGCUCUGGUCAGUAGGGGGAGGCAGAGACUGUGUGGUGUGUCAGAACGCAGCAGUGAACCGUGUUCUGCUGCCCUGCAGACACGCCUGUGUUUGUGACGGCUGUGUGUCACGUUUCCAGCACUGCCCUAUCUGCAGAGCCUUCAUCCUGGAGUCCUUCAGCCUCUGCCAGCAGGGGGCACUAUGAUCAUCUGCAGAGCCUCCACCCUGACCAUACAUCAGUCUGCCAGCAGGGGGCAGUCGGGUGCAUGCAGCUCGUUUUUGUUUAAUCAUGAAUGUAAUCGAUGGAUCAGACUGGUGUAAAAUAAUCAGAUGUUUGGAAAGUUUUUUUAUUGUCAACGAUAAUUCUGAUCCAUCUCAACUGUCUGGUCACCAUGGAGACGGGCGGUAACGACAGAUCUUAAUGACACGAUGAAAAGAUACUAACAUGAAGUCAGUUUUUAUUCAAACGCUGAGCAGAUUAUUUAUUUGUGAAUGUUUUUAUGUUUUGAGUGUCUUAAAGGAACAGUGCAGUAUUUAUUUUUUCUGAUUCUGUAUGAUCUGUUCUAAAAAGUGCACUGUAAAAAAUAAACAUCCUGAGGUAA